AUGCAGUCAAACCACGGCAAGCUUGCUUCCACGCUCACACUUACCUGGCAAUUCAGAGAGGAGCUGCGCUUUCUAGUGUUACAGCCUGAGAGCUCCUCCCUAUCGAGACACAGAGGACUCGCACAUCGCUGCCUGCGGAAUCAGCACUCGGAAGCUGCUCCAAAGUCGACGUCGGCCAUAUCCCACCUCUCGCGAAUCCGAAGACCGAAGACUGCAGAACAGACGGCCAGGAUGUCACAACGCCAUGCUCUUUCAGACGACCAGGUGGCGGGCGAGCUCCGCAAGAUGACAGCGUUCAUCAAACAGGAAGCGCUCGAAAAGUCCAAGGAAAUCCACAUCAAAGCCGACGAGGAGUUUGCCAUUGAGAAAUCGAAACUCGUGCGCCAAGAGACGGCUGCCAUCGAUACUCUGUACGAGAAGAAGUUCAAACAGGCUGCUAUGUCCCAGCAGAUUACCCGAUCCACGCUUUCAAAUCGCACUCGUCUUCGAGUCCUUUCGGCCCGUCAAGAGCUUCUGGAUGAGCUCUUCCAGCGUGCACGCGAUGAAGUCGCUACAUCGACCGAGGAUGCGGGAAAGUAUCAGACUAUACUCGCUGGCUUGAUCUUGGAGGGCCUCUACUAUCUGAACGAAGACAAAGUGUCGGUACAAGCUCGCAAGAAGGACAAUGACAUUGUUAAGAAAGCCAUCGAAGAUGCUCAAACGGAAUUCAAAUCCAAAGUUGGCCGGGAUGUAACAAUAGAUAUUGACGAAGAAGACCCAUUGCCGGAGGGAUCAGCAGGUGGUGUUUCUAUUAUCGGAGGUGGUGGCAAGAUUGAUAUCAACAACACUUUUGAGGAACGACUCCGACUCUUGGAAAUCGAUGCAUUGCCCGCAGUUCGGGAGACUCUGUUUGGGAAGAAUGCAAACCGCAAGUUUUAUGACUAA